AUGGCGACGGUGGGAUUCACCCAAAUCAAUUUGCACCACAGCAGGGGCGCCUCGGCUGUUUUGGCCAGGAGCAUGGCUGUGGUGCACACAGAGCCCAGUCCAAGGGCCGCGAUUGCGGUCAAGGGACUAGAAGCGCAACUCAUACCGGAAUAUUGUUCCAGGGACGUUGUGGCAGUUACGGUGGAUUUCCUCAGAUUCACCACAGGCGAGACCAGGAAGGUGGUGGUGAGCUCAGCGUAUUUCCCACAUGAAGAGGAGGGCUCGCUUCCGCCAGGACCUGUGGCUAGACUGGUGGACUACUGCCAAGAUAAGGGGCUGCCGCUUAUAGUGGGGUGCGAUGCUAAUGGGCACCACACAGUUUGGGGGAACACCAAUAUUAACAAUCGGGGCAGAAGGCUUCUGGAGUACCUGGUGGCCACUAACCUGGAGAUCCUGAACAGGGGCAACGAACCAACAUUUCAGAAUGUGCUUAGGCGUGAAGUACUUGACCUUACUCUAUGCUCGAACAAUUUGGUUCCGGAGAUUGUCGGGUGGCAGGUCUCAUCGGAGCCCUCUCUCUCUGAUCACAGGCAGAUCGUCUUCAGGCUUGCCAAUGUGAGGACUGAAACAAUCUAUAGAAGAAAUCCGAAAAGGACGGAUUGGGACUCGUUUCGAGAAGAUUUCUCCAAUGGUCUUCGUGGCUUCCCUAAGAGGCACGGGACCGCUGCUGAGGUAGAGCUCUGCGUAGAUCAUCUACAAAGGGCUUUAGUGGGCAGCUUCGAAAAUAAUUGUCCAGCGAGAGCAGUUCGCUCUAAUAAGAAGAUCUCUUGGUGGGGACCGGGACCGUAG